CAGCCGGUGUAAUCCUGCUGCUAAUUGGCCCACAGCAGAGCUUUUGACAAAUAAGAGCAUUGCGUAAAAGAAAAAAAGAUUUUACGCGUGGAUAAUGUGGAGCGGUGCGCCUAAGUGACGCGUCAUGAAGCAAAGUUUGAGAGCAAAAAGAGAAAGUGGGGCUUUUGUCAGCGGUGGAAAUCUUCCGGACCGGCGCUGAAAGACGGAUAGUCGCUGCUUCAGGACACACCCUCCGAGCGUUCUUUCUCUCUCUCUCUCUCUCUCUCUUUCUCUCUCCCUCAUUGUUUGCCACAUUGACUCGCCGCUAGGCUUCCUAUGCGCUUGACAAAUGACCAGCCGGCGCUUUUUUGCAUGAGCGCACAAAGGGCAAAAAAACCCAACAACUUUACACCAAUAAGAAAAAAAAAAUGGGCUAGAAUCGGAAGAUGUUCGAUUGCUUCGGGGCUUGAUUGAUUUGCCUUGAAGAGAGACGGAGAGUGACCUAAUUGGGAUGAGAGUUCAAGUCCAGCGCGAGCCACCAGAUUGGACCUUUAAAGCCGCUUAAAAGAGGAAGAAGAACCAUCGCCACGCUCCGGUGUUUCUUUUUUUUUUUUUUUUUUUUUUUAGGGUGGUGGUGGUGCGUUUGCGGACGCUCACCGGCUUUCCAGAGGGACGCAGGUGUAUGCACGGCGGGUGCAAAUCAAAGCAGGGAUGAAGUAAGUGGCCACGAGAAGGGGGUGUGAAAGAUUCGGUUCGGAAUCGGAGGAAGAGUGGAGGGGAGGUGGGCAUCGCCGCCUCCGACACCGGCAUGGAAGGCACAAGUCGGCCGGAGCUCAGAAGAGUCACCGGGAAGCCCGCCGCGCACGCGGAGAGCCUCCACCUGGCGCGGGUUGUGAUCUUCCUCGUCGCGCUCGUCAUGCAACCACAGGCGGUGCGCACAGUCGGGAUGUUCGAGCUCCAGAUCCGCCACUACCAGAACCCCAACGGACUCCUUCUGAACGGAAACUGCUGCGACAUCCCGGUCGGCGGCGAACAACGCUGCUCAUCCCGAGACCAGUGCGACACUUUUUUCCAAGCAUGCCUCAAGGAGUACCAAGCCCGAGUGGCCCCGACCGGAGCCUGCACCUUCGGCUCGGGCAGCACGGGGAUCCUUGGAGGAAAUUCCCAAUCGCUCCACCGCCGUGGAGGAGAUGAUGGGACUAAUGGACUCAUUGUCAUUCCCUUCAAAUACGCCUGGCCAAAGUCAUUCUCUUUGGUUUUGGAGGCUCAGGAUGAUGACAACAACACAUCACAAGCAGAUCAGCUGAUUGAGCGUGUUCUUCUCUCCUCCAUGUUGAAUCCCGGAGAGCAGUGGCAGGCGUACCGCCACCACGGCCGCUCCUUCAGCCUGGAGUACCGCCUGCGCUUUCGCUGCGUCUCCAACUACUACGGGCCCUUCUGCAAUAAGUUCUGCCGCGCCCGCGACGACUUUUUCGGCCACUUCAACUGCGACCCCAACGGCUCCAAGGUCUGCAUGGAAGGCUGGACGGGAGCCGAGUGCAAAGAAGCCGUGUGCAGGCAAGGAUGUCACCAGGCCCACGGCUCUUGCACCGAACCUGGGCAAUGCACCUGUCACUACGGCUGGACGGGGUCUCUGUGUGACCAGUGUGUGACGUUCCCCGGUUGCGUGUACGGCAGCUGCACUGAACCCUGGCAGUGUGUGUGCGACGUCAACUGGGGAGGUCUGCUGUGUGAUAAAGACCUGAACUACUGCGGGACUCACCAACCUUGCAUGAACGGCGGCACCUGCACCAACACGGAGCCCGACGAGUACCAGUGCGAGUGCCAGGAAGGUUUCAGUGGGCGCAACUGUGACAUUGUUGAACACGCGUGCGUGUCGUCGCCAUGUGUGAACGGCGCCACCUGCGUGGAGGACUCCACGGGCUUCAGCUGCGUCUGCGCCCAAGGUUGGACCGGGCAGACCUGCGCAAACGCGCUGAGGCAGUGCGACCGAAGUCCUUGUGGACCAGGUGCAACUUGCCAAGAGACUGCGGGAGGUUACCGAUGCCUCUGCCCGCCGGGAUGGAGUGGCAGAACCUGCCAGCUAGACGCCGAUGAGUGUGAAAUGAAAAUAUGCGUCCAUGCCCGCUUUUGCCGCAAUCUGAUUGGUGGAUACCUGUGUGACUGUCUUCCUGGAUGGAUGGGGUCAAAAUGUGACAUCAGGAACAGCAGCUGCCAGAGCGUGUGCCUCAAUGGCGGACAUUGCGAGGACCAGAUGUCAGGAUCCAGAUGUUUGUGCCCGCCUGGCUUCUCUGGAAAACACUGCCAAAUUCGCCUUGGUCCUUGUGAUAGCGCCCCCUGUCUGCAUGGAGGUCAAUGCACGGAGAAGGAUGAACGCACUGUCGCCUGUGACUGCCCUUUUGGGUAUUCUGGAAUCUUCUGUGAGAUUGCGCUGGACGUGUGCAACCCCAACCCCUGCUCGCAGGGGAUGCCCUGUCACAACAUCGAUGGCAGGUACAUGUGUGGCUGUCCUGAGGGUUACCAUGGAAACGAGUGCCUCACCCUCAAAAGCCCUUGUUUUGGCUCUCAAUGUCCAGGUGCCAUGUCAGACACACAAGGUGGCAUCAGCUUUUAUAUGAUCCUGUUGGGCGUUUUAGCAUUGGUGCUAGUGUGCGGCUGCACCGCGUGUGCCUUGGUCCUGUCGCAUUUGCAGCACAAGCGGAAAAAGCAGCAAGCCGUCCCGCCGGAGGAGGACACCGUCAACAACCAGAGGGAGUACGUCAACCUCAUCCGAAAUUUGGACCACUUGGUCCCCCCGCCCCUCCCGCCUCCCGCCGUGCCUCUGGUCCAGUCGCCGCCCGGCGCGACCGCCGCCGCCGUUAGCCCGCACUGCUACGAGGAAAUCGAGCUGACUCUCCCUCCCUCCCCGGCCCCCUCGCACUCGUCGUCCCCUGCGCUGAAGCAGGCCCACGUCCCAAAACUGGAUAUUUCCAACCGGGAGCGGGAGAAGCUAAACCGCUUCCACUGCACAGAAAACCACGAGCUCCAAGUGUGACCCUUGAACUUUGAGGCUUAUUUUAUUCUGCAUACUUUGCACUCUCUCGCUCACAGGGUCCACAUUUCUUGUUUGGCCUAUCAUGUCGCUCUUCAGAUGACCUAAAGUUCCAGGAACUUUUAGUACUUGGUAGUUCCGGUGCUAUGACAGACUUGGUUUGAAGAAGAAGAUUGGCGACUGUUUAUGGAGAUGUUAUCAACAGUAUGUGGUGUGUUGUAUUGGUCACCGUGAGUCUGAUUUGCCAUCGUAAAUAUUGAACAGAUUUAUCAAAGAAAACCGCUUUGAACACAUCCCGAAAAAAAAAAAAACACAGAAUUGGGCUUUUGAUGAUUUUAAUUGUAAAAGGAAAAAUGCUCAAGUUCACCACGAUUAUUAUAUUGGUCAGUAUAUGAGAUGAAAAAGACUAAAUGUUUUGGUGGAAAUGCGCCAUAGUGACCUCUGAGUGCCUGAAACUGUCACAAUAAUUCAGGCCAAAAUCGAAGCGGGCCAUCGAAUGAAUGGAUGAUUAUUUAAAGUCCAACUGGAUGAAUGUGAGAUUAUUUAAAGUAGCCAGCGCACACGUUUUCUUCUAUUUACAAGAAGGAAGCUUCAUUUCCAACACUCAAUUCCUGGACUCAAAACGUUUGCGCGUGAAAGACUGUACAAUAUACAAAAGUCGUGCUUUAAGGCCUCACAAAUUAUUUUUUAAAAGCAUACACUGUUGCCUGUGUUGUUUCUGUGACGCUACCUUUUUUUCAUUCUGCCUGUAAGAUAGUUUGUACAUAACUAUAUUGUAAAUAUUGAUGCCUCCGUGGUUCAGUCUGAGAGUAUCACUCUUGUUGUUUUACUGGCGUUCUGUAAUAAAAGUGCAUUUAACAGUU